CUUCAAGUGACUUCCGUAGGAUUUAAGCAUAACCUUCCUCAUUGAAGCAUCAGCAAAGGUCUGAUGAGAUGGUGUCUUUCCGUGAUUAUGAAAUUAACUUACUCUUUCUUCUGCUGGUAAAGUUUCACGGGUCAGCAGAACAGGUACAACUAGAAUCAUCUUACAGUGGAAGCAAUAGGACUGCAAAACUUGGUUCCUCUUUUGACUUCUCGUGGAACUACUCUGGUAACUUACACAGAGUUGAAUGGGGAACGAAAGAGAAGGGAAUAAUUGCGCUAGAUGUCCUUCUAUUUAUCCUUGAUAGAAAUGGGCGUCUCAUCCCUAAUGUAUCUCAGUACAAUGGCCGUCGUUUUGGCAGCUGGAAUCAACAUUCACCUGGGCAAGUCAUGUUCACUCUAAAGCCUAUUAAAGCAGUUGAUAACCAGGUUUUCCUCUUCAGAUUUGUCCCAAAUAACCCUUUGGCUCCAGAUGUGUUUGAUAUGGUGCAAUUAAUUGUGAAAGGUCCUCCUGUUGUUGAGAUCGUCCCUCCUGCACUGUCCACUUUAAAGGGUGUUACAGCAAGUUUUACCUGUAAUGUUAAGGGUUUUCCUUUGCCAAACAUUGUGUGGAUGAAGCAGACUGGUUUGGGUGAAAGUGAGAUUUCUGCUAGCGGAGUCAAUGUCCAAAUAAACUCCCAUAAUGAUUCAUCCCAGUUAAUCGUGCAGAAUACUUCAACCACAGACUCAGGCUAUUACAUCUGCAAAGCUUCAAACUUCGUAUCUAAUACUGCAAGAGCCUUCCUUGGAGUUGUAUAUCCAGCUUCGUAUGAGGAUCCUGAUUUGUGUCCCACAAGUUUUGAUGCAACCAAAGGCGAGUCUGUCCUAAUGUGCUGUCCUGUCCAGGGGUUUCCACCUCCUCAAGUUAGCUGGGAACUGCCAAAUAGAACUCGGCUUGAAACAGGAAGCACUAUUUUGCAUGUCACAGUCAAGACUGAGAAUGACUUUGGACGCUACAGGUGCAUUGCAAGGAGUCUGGAAAAGAAUGUCCUAAUGGCUAACAUCACCAUUCAUAAGAGAAAAAUCCGCUCAGGUGCAGCAAAUUCUACAGUUUCCUUGAUGUCACUCUUGAAAUCAACUAGCAAUGAAAAGUAUCUAACGAAAACAACGCGUUAUACUGACGAGAAAUAAAACGCUACCGGUGUUACGUAGCUCUGACGCACCCUCACGCAAAAACGCGAACUCGCUGGAAUAGAAACACAACAUACAACAGUAGUUUAAUUGAAAGAGAAAACAAUAUAAAAUAAUUUCACAGCUACUUGACGAUAAACGGAAAUGCAAAUUCUAGUCGCUACAUGGCUCUUGCAGAUGAACAAGUUACGCUCUCUCAAAAUUAUCACCGUAGUAGGUAAUAGGUGCCUCUUAAACUGCGCAUAAGGAGUCGUUACCGAACAGGAAAAUUGACUGCUCACACCAAGAGCACAGGCCUGAUUCCGCCUGAACCAGUUAGUUCAGAUUGAGAACUGAACAGUUCUAGUUAUUGACCACACGGUCCGUUUGGCCACUUCUGACUGCAAUUAAUUGAAGUAAUUACUUUUUUCAAAGACUUAGUCUGUAAUAGUGAUAUACUAACUUACCUUCAGUUUCUAUGGCGUCAACGUAGCCUACCACCAAAACAACACGACCCAACUUUUACGACGGGGGGCCCGACUAAGCACAAUCAAAUUCCUACGUACCAUUUACAUUUCAAUUUUUCGAAGAGGUUUAAGCGCGAAGAACAAGCCAUGUUGGAGUUCUGCUAAAAAAUCUUCAUGGUCACUUAGAUUCUUAAUAUUUUUCUCAACUACUCAAUAUUAACAAUAGCCAUUUUUUGGAGCAAGCCUAACUUUCAAUUUGUGUAAACCUCCUUCUGCCAGCCGUUAUUUUAAGGUUGCACAUUUUACGUUAAGAGAACUACCAAACGCUAACUGAUCUACUUAUCAAAUUACUAGUUACUACGUUAAGGUUAGAAACAUGUUUGGGGUAAAAGAUAAGGGUGAAACCUCUUGCAACAAAGAUACAUGCAUCCGUGAGUUCCGUGUGUCAGACAAGGCCACAAAAAAUUAUAAGCCCUCUAAAUCAUCAAUCCUGUCGUGGUUCACGCUCUGCAAAAUCUCUCGAUUUUGGAUUCUGCCGCCUCGACUUUUCAAAUAAAGAUGAAAGAGGCCUUCAUAUUAUUUUGCGGAAAAAUUUGCGACAACUUAAUUAAUUUCUUGCGUGUGAUAUUGAAAAAUCACCGAUAAGUAGAAGCUUGUAAAACCUUGUGGCUUUAAUAAAUUUACUUAACUUUGUACGUUUACUUUA